AUGUCACCCCCGCGCCGUAGGUCGGCCCGGCUGGCAUCCUCUACCAAGACGAAACCGGCAGCGCCUACUUUGGCGGCCGUCACUGAAGAUGCCGAAUCACCCCAACGACUUCCACAACUCAAGAAGAACAAAAGCAAUGCUAUUCCAUCUUCGCCGGCCCCUGCGCCUUCUACACCAGCUUCAUCCGCGAUGAAGCCUCCUCACGAGGAAAUGCACCCAAGCAAGGCCCACCACACCAUGGGUGAACCCUCUUCUGCCAUGAGACUCGGAUUCACAGAUAUCAAGGACACCAAGGGUCCUGGCGCCCAACCCGACACGCCAUCAAAGAUAGGGGUACCCGCAUCCGAUUUCACGUUCCGAUUUACGCGCGAUACCGCAGACACUGGCCUCAGCGGCGAUGCGCAGCGAAUGAUGGUAGAACUUCGAGAGCAGGCGGCCAAGAUAAAGGUGGACCUCAUGGCUCAGCGCGAGGCGGAUGGACCUGACGUGGAUGGACGCAAGAUCGCCAAACCCAAGGGCAAAUCGGAUCGCUACAGCGCGGCGCAUAUGGCUGAGUUCAAGAAGAUGGACUCUAUCGAAAACCAUCCUUCUGCCUGGAGAGCUCAGAACGGUAAAUUCAAGCCUGUUGUCCAGUCGCUCAAGCGAACACCGUCAAAGGCGAACCUGGAGACAACACCAACGUCAUCUCCUGAUAAGUCGGGUCUGAAGCGUUCACCCUCAAAGGCUGAACUGGACGUUCCUACUCCUUCGACACCUCGCGUCACACAAAGUCUCAAGCGCAAAUCCUCUCGAGCUAAUCUUGAUGAGUACCAACAAUCUCCCUCCCCGAAGAAGUCUACUAUGCCUCCUUCCGGUAUUCCCAUGGCUCUUCCCCCAUCCGCCAAGAAGACGCCGUUGUUCCCCAACACACAGCAACGCGUGACUUCAAAGCGAGUUAAGCAGCGAGAGGACGACGACGCGUCAACAAACCGACCCGUCUCACGCGAUGACUCGGCGAUUCCUCGCCCCAAGUCCAGCGGAAAUGAUGCGACUAAGUUGCCUGCCUCCAAGCCAAGCUUCUCGCGGCUCAUGAGUCCCACGAAGGCCUCUCUUGCUCAUUCAGGCAAGCCAACCACGUCUCUGGUCAAAUCUCCCUCGAAGCCUGACCUGAAGAGCGGUUUGCCCAAAUCCACCAGCACCCCAAGCCUGCUUUCCCCCAGCAAACCAGCCACACCCAGAGCUCGUGUUCUUAGCGCAGGGCGCUUUGAUAAAGUCAAAUCGAUCUUGCGAGGACACCGAACACCUUCCGGCAAUGUCCAGACUGCUAUCCCCCAGCCCACGACCUCUCAAACACCCGCUCCACCCAAGGCUGAUAAAGACAAGGCUUUGCCUCCUGUUCCGUUGACUACUCCUCGACGCAAGGUAACCAAGCAUGUCGCGUUUACUCCUGAGGUCACCCGUGUCGCUUUCCAGCAAAACUCACCUUCUCCUUUGAAGUCUUGCCUCAAGGCUCAACCGACACGGAGCUUGGAAGACCAACAGUUCCAGGGUAUUGAUGCAGCACUUGCAGAUACAGACUCAGGAGAUGUGGUGUACCCCGACCUUAGUGGCUUCAGACCUCUCCCGGAACUCCCUCUCAAGCACAAGGAGACUCUACCUGCGGCACCUGCUUCUAUUCCCGGCAAAUUCACGUUCCGCAGCGAUCACACUAUCGAGCUUGGAGAUGCUCCUGUGCUAGGCUUCGGAGGUUCUCCCGGCCAGUCCAGCAUUCGUCAAGUACGACAGUCACUUAAGCCUGAUGCGAAGAUGCCCGGUAGCUUCCCUGGCCCUACCUCUCCUAUUGGUCCCAACAAGGAGAACAGCCAGCCUGAUACCGAGAAGACUAUUUUCGGCGCACCUCACGGCAUGUCUAAUAAGAAGCGACACAGGACUAGCUGGGAUGAAGAAGAAGCGGAGGAGAAGAAAGCAGAGCGCUCCGCUAAAAAGCGCAAGGCUGAGCACGUUCCUGAAGGCGAGGCCCUUCUUGCCCCUCGACUUGUUGGUGGCACUCCCAGUGCAAAGAAGGCGAAGACCGGUGGGCUUCCGCGUACCCCUGCUACCGCUAGCCCCAUGAAAAAGCGUUCAGUUCUCAGUAUGAGCCGGCUCAACAUGCUUGCUCGACCCAAGAACCGAGCAUAG